AUGUUGGCACAGAAGGGGUAUUUUGCACUCUUGUACAGCUUUAGUACCAACCCCGGGGUGCAGAGUGCAGAUGGGGCGGAGCGAACGCGGGGCGGAGCGCCCAGUGCGGAAAGGCGCCGCAGCCGCGCUGGGGCUGGUCACAUUGGAGCGCGCAUCAUCGGUGGCAUCAGCGGAAAGGGAAAUCGGAGGGCGGGCACGGCCUCCGCUCGGGCGGGCCCCUCAGCCAGCCUGCCUGCCUGCCUGCCUGCCAGCUGGCCGGGGUGCAAGCGAGGAGCCCCCCUCCCGAGCUGGAGUCGGGUCCGGCUUCCCCGUCGAGGCUUUGGCUCCAUGCAAUGCGCCGCCUCCCUUAGCGCCAUGCAGCGGGCCGGAGGAGGAGCGGCGGCGGCGGCUGCAACGGCGGAGCCUGCAGGAGGAGGAGGAGGCGAGGCGGUGGCGGCGGCGGCCUCGUACCGGGUUCUGAGCCGCUUGCUGGGCUACGCCGGGGCCGAUUCCGCCGCGGUGGGCUUGGCGCUCGGCGGAGCUGUCGCGGAGACCGCGGGCGGGGAUCGAACCAGGGCCGGCGGGCUGCGGGGCUCGCAGCUGCUGGUAUUCGGGCCUGGCGAGGCUGGGGAGCCGGCGGGGAGCGCCCCGGCCGCCUGCCUGCCGCCGGCGGCUCCUCCUCAACAGCCUGCGGAGCUGCUGUGCGCCAGGCACCGGUGCGCUCUGCUGGACGCCCCCAAAGGCGAGCCCGGAGGGGGCCGAUGCUGGAGCGGGGCGGCCGGCGGCCUCCUGUUCCCCCCGGGGGCCGGCCUGGAGCUGCAGCUGGCCGCCUUGGGACUGCACCAGGCACCCCCGACGGCGCCGGCAGGGCCAGGCAAGGCUGCUGGCGAGUGCCCGUGCCUGAGUCUCCUGCCUCCGCCGCCCGCUCUUCCCUUGCUGCCCCCGGGGGAGGAGACCAGCGACGCCCUGCUGGUGUUGGAAGCCCUGGGCCCCGACGAGGAGGACGGAGACGAAGAUGCCGGCGUGGGGGACAGCCGCUUCCAGCCACCCCCUCCGGCUGCCCCCGUGUCGUCGUCUGCCCCUGCGCCUCCUCCGGCUGUCCCGGUGCCCCCUGCCGCCGGUGGGGCCAACCGCCCCGGCUCGUCCGCCCCGUCCAGGAAAGGCUCCUUCAAGAUCCGCCUGAGCCGCCUGUUCCGCACCAAGAGCUGCAGCGGACCGUCCUGCAACGCCGCAGCCGGCUCGGGCGCACGUCGGCCGGGCGACAAGGAGUUUCCCCCAGCCGCCGCUGCCCCCGCCUGGGGCACGGCCGGGAGUCUCCCCAACGUGUCCCUGCCCGGGGGUCGGGACCAAGACUCGGGCAGAAAACCGAGAUUGAUGCGAACUCAAAGUGCCUUUUCUCCCGUUGUUUUUGGACCCCUCUUCACGGGUGAGACGGUGUCACUGGUGGAUGUGGACAUCUCUCAGCGUGGCCUGACGUCCCCACACCCGCCCACGCCGCCGCCACCUCCACGGCGAAGCCUCAGCCUUCUGGACGAUAUCAGUGGGACUCUGCCUACGUCUGUCUUGGUGGGUCCGAUGGGGUCGUCGUCCCUCCAGUCUUUCCCUCUUCCGCCACCACCUCCACCGCAUGCCCCUGAUGCAUUUCCCCGGAUCAUCCCAAUCCGAGCGCCUGAAGCAGUCCAUAGCCAACCCGCACAGCACCUUCAGUGCCCGCUCUACCGGCCUGAUUCGAGCAGCUUUGCAGCUAGCUUACGUGAGCUAGAAAAAUGUGGCUGGUACUGGGGACCUAUGAACUGGGAGGAUGCCGAAAUGAAACUCAAAGGGAAACCUGAUGGAUCCUUCCUGGUUCGCGACAGCUCUGAUCCUCGCUACAUUCUGAGCCUCAGCUUUCGAUCGCAGGGUAUUACCCAUCACACCAGGAUGGAGCACUACAGAGGAACCUUCAGUCUUUGGUGUCACCCCAAGUUUGAAGACCGCUGCCAGUCUGUGGUGGAGUUCAUCAAGCGGGCCAUCAUGCACUCUAAGAACGGGAAGUUUCUGUACUUCUUGCGCUCCCGGGUUCCAGGUCUCCCUCCAACACCUGUCCAGCUUCUCUACCCAGUCUCUAGGUUCAGCAAUGUGAAGUCCUUACAACAUCUCUGUCGUUUCCGGAUAAGGCAGCUGGUCCGCAUCGACCACAUUCCAGAACUCCCUCUUCCAAAGCCUCUGAUCUCGUACAUCCGCAAGUUCUACUACUAUGACCCCCAAGAGGAGGUGUAUCUUUCACUGAAGGAGGCACAACUUGUUUCCAAACAGAAGCAAGAGCUGGAGUCUUCAACGUAGCGAGGGGCCCCCAACUACUUUGCUUCUGGCACCAGUGAACUAGGAAUUCGGUCACCGAUGUCCUGUAGCGAUGGAAGCUGCGCUGUGAAGCGGUUCUGGCGUUUUGCUUUCUGGCCGUUUCUGGGCCUCCAGAGAGAGCGCGACUCCUGGCCUCUGACACAGCCGUGUGUGGAAGAAUGGGAGCUGUGACUACCCCCCUGCCCCCUCCCUCAAUCAGGUUCCAUAAAGGAUGUUGGAAUCUAAUGAAACUGGAUUACAGAAGCUCCUUCAAGGAUGGAGAAUGUCAUGAUAUUUUUCUUGUUAAAUCUCUAUUUUUUUUCGGUGCUUCUCUGCCCCUUUCCUACCCUUGUCCCGUUCUCACCUGGCAUGGGAAUAGUGAGCCAAUUUUACAUUUUUUGUUUACUUGUUGGCAUUUUGAGGCUUGGGGAUGGGUGGGGGGGCCCAGCUGACUUUUAAAACUGCAUUUCCGGUCUGGUCGUUCUGCGUUUUGGAAGUGAAAGUUUGAUCCUGACACUGUUUUGGGCUGCAUCAAAGUUGUCUUGGUGGGAAGGUAGUGUUGGGGUGGUGUGGAGGGGGAGGCAGAGAGCAGUCAGUUGGGGGGGGAGGGCUGCAGUUUCCUGCCCUCUUGAAGGAGGGAGGGCAGCAUGAUGCAAGAAUCGUAAGCCCAGAGAAACAGCAGAGCUCACCGUGGCAUUUCAUGUAUAGUGUGAAUUGCAGGGCCUGCUGUCUGGAUCGAGUCAGGCAGUAGAAGGUGGCUGCCUUCCUUGGAAUGGAAAAAUGGAACCCUGGUAGCAGCCUCAAACUCUUUUCUUUCUUGCUGCCAUUGUUGUUAAUUUUUGGAAUAACAAGCAAAUGGCUCAGUCUCUCUCUCUGCCUAAUCCUCCUCCCAUUUCUAAACUGGAAACUCGUCCAAGCGGCCUGUUGCAAAGAUGAUGAGAGCCCCGGCAAGGCUGAAGCAAAAAAGAAACGCACACAGAUAUCUGAAAAGUUAACCUCGGCGUUGCAAAGCCCGGAGCUGUUCUCUCUCCUCCUUCCUCCCUUGACCUUGUGAACAAAAGGAAGCGCCUCUUUGGCCUUUUAGUGUGAAGAAGCCAGUUAAAAGCACCUUAGUCCAGUCCUGGUGGGAGAAUGGGCAAGAUGGGAUGAACAGGGGGAGCAGUUGUUUGUGGAUCCCUCUCCCCAAAAAAAUCUCUGUAAGAUAGAUAUCUUCUGGCCUUAGUGGGAAUCUGUUAAAUAUGAUGUGUUGGCUGCAAGAUCUGGAGUGGGGUUGGGGGUUGGGGUGUCUGUUUCCGGUCAUAACCAGUGGGUGGGACAAAACCUGAUGAAAACCCCUCUUAGCCCAGAGGUGAUUGUGGUGUCCAAGAGUUACUGCUGAACCCCCUCUUGACAGCGAGUUAGCUGAAGUUCUUGGUGACUUUUUAAAAGUUGUGAUUUAUAUUUUUAUUUAUUUUUUCAGAGGGUUAAAGCUUGUUCCAUGUUGCGACCAAACCGGGCUUCAAGCCCUUUGCUUCAAGAGCCCGUCUUCUGUACACUGGAUAUAGCAAACCACGAGGUUUCGUAGUUGCAAAGACUGUGGGAAUUCCUAAAGACAUUUGGUUGUAAGAAGAAAUUACAGAGUAAGCCUAUUGAGGCUAAAGUUUGGAAGAAAACAUUAUUCCUUCUGUUUAAGUUUUUCAGUGGACUGUGUGAUUCAUACCUGUAUGUUUCGAGGCAGAUUCCAGAACUUAGUUCUGCUAACUGCUUGUGUUCGUUUUCCCCCGCUGCCGGCGUGCAAGUGUGUCUGUGCGCGCACACAAAACCAAUCAAACGUUUCUCUCCCUCACGCUCCUUUCCAAAAACAUUUGCUUCUAAAAUUUCUAUUGGCAGGUUAGACAUCAACGCUCCUUUCAACAAAUACUGUGUUCUGUUGCCCAUCUGUGUACAUUUUGGGGUGUGGUUUGUGGAGUAACUCCUUUGAAAAAUCUACUGAGUUUGUUUCAGAGGAAUCCUGAAUGAUUUUGCAACAAUUUCCAUGGCAUUUUGGGGGCGGGGGAGGCCGGUUCUGUCGGUGCAGUCGGGCAAAGUCCUUAGAACUUGUUCUAGGGCACUGACACUAUGUUCAUUUGGGUGACUGCUGGAGUUGUGUCUUAACAGUGGCGGAAAAUGAUGCUGAGUUUGAAGCCAAAGAAGCUGUGAGCUGGGGGUGGGAUCCUAAAUAAAGCAGGUGGAGUCCCUCUAGAUCACACAUUCUAGGAACUGAUACUACAAUGGAGAAGCAGUUCACUGUAUUACCAUAUUCUUCAGCUUCUGGGAAGGUUGUGAAGACGCUGGAAUUUAGUUUCAAACAGUGAGGGUUAGAGGAAAGCCUCACCUAUGUCUGUCAGCCCAGGAAAAUGGCUACUGGCCUAUUGCGUCAAGGUGGCAUAUGGAUAAAUGAUGCAUUUUUCUGUUCUUAACCUCAGUUCAUUUUCUCUGCCGCCUUUGCAGUGUUUAAAGCUCUACUUCCCAGUUCAUGGAUUUGGAGUCCCCCCCUCCCCCACCCAUACCUUUCCCUGUUUCAAAUGUAAUGAUCAGACUGAGAAGCCCCCCCACUCCUAAAGCCAAAACUUGAACCCCCCCCCCCCCCCCGUGCACACACACACACGGUUAAAAUGUGGUUUAAACACGCACAAAACCAUGCCUUCGGUCUGGUGACUGAUAACCUACCACCAGCUUCGUGUCCUGCUGAAUUCUUAGUUGGGACUCUUCUUGAAUCCUGUUAACUCUACGACUGAGGAGCAAAACCCAAUCCCGUGUAAAUAAUUCUCUGGGAGUUGCUUGAUUUCUGGUGGCCACGUUAACUCUGCCGCAGUGGGUUUCCUUCCUGCGUUUUUGUUUUUGAGCUUCUCCUUUUUUGAGGCUGACUGGCCGGAGUUCUUUCGAAAUGUGUGAGUGGUUGCCGAUGAGCGUCGCUUGGUGAGAAUUCCUGCACCGUAGCUCUCCUGUUCUCUGCCAAGCUUCUUGGUUUUUGGUUUUGUUAAUGAUGCAGCAUCUCUUUCUGUUGCUUAGUACUAGAAAGAAAAAUAGUUAGCUCGGAAUGAGUUAAUGGGAAUCUUUUUCCAGUCAGUUGGCCUGUUUGUCAAUGUUUGCAUUCAGGCUGGGCCCCAGGUAUGUUUUUAACAUUACCACCCAGUUGCUGUUGGAGUUUUCACUGGAUCAAAUGAACCCUCUUCUCAACAGCUGGAACAGGAAGGGUGUCAUGACUGCUUCCUGUCCUUCUGGCCUGCUGUGCCUCCUUGAACAGCCCGUGCAUCACGACUGGUUCCUGUCCCAGCACUGUGUGCCUCUUUGAGCAGGGAAUGAAUUAUAACUGCUUCCUAUCCUUCUAGGCCACUGCAUCUCUUUGAUGAAGAUCCUGGAGAGUGCUAGGUUAGCCUCUCAGUAUAAUCCUCAUAAUGCCGCAGGAUGAGGGACUGAACAUGAGUAGGGAGAUGGUUCUUGCCUUCUGGGCCAGAAAUGCAGAUUUGAUUUUUGUAUAGACUACAAUAGCAGGUUAGGUGGGGUUUGGAUUUUUUUUUUUAAACCUGCAGGGAACAAAUGUCCCUUUUUUGAUGAAGGGACGGUAUGAAUGCAGGUCCUUUCCCUCCCAGUAGUCUUGCAUUUUGCCUGUUGGGGGAACAUUUAAAUUGAGGAAUCUCUCUUCAGGACCAGCAAACUUGAAAAUGGUGCUUGGCACAUCCGUUUGUAGGAUUGCACGAGGAGCUUGUGUUUCUAGUUUCCCCAUGGACUGUAUCUGUGCCAGCCAGCUCCCUUAGACACUGGAUAACAACUCCCAAGGGUGAUAAGAGGACACAUGUUGAUCAAAGUUGUGAUUUUGAUGAAGUGUCAGGCACUACUAAACUUCGUUGUCACGCUCAUGCACUGGUAAGAGGAACCCACGGUUUCAUGCACUGUUCAAAAGAAAAGUUCAACUGAAAAGUCUUUGUGUCCAAAAUGUAAUAUCUGUCCCUUUUAAUUCCUCUAGUUAUGUAAGCUUUAGAGUUCCACAGAUCUCUGGAUCAGGCAUGGUGGAAACAGACAUGAAUGUCAGAAUCUUUUUCCUUUUGCAGUAGCGUCUGUGCAGAGCGAAGGGCUCUGUUCUGUCUACGCUUACAGUAGCUCGCCUGUUCUGUGCAGUGCUUUUCAUUGUGUUUAGCCUUCUCAGGUAGACCUGUUUCCAUUUUAUUUCACAAAUGAGAAGCAGAGAUGCUAACGACAGCUGCAUAGUAAAUCCACUGCAAAUGUGGAUCUCAAAGACAACUCGAGAGCCUCUUUCUCUCUGGACCAGCUCUCUGUUGCCUUUGGCAAAGGCAUGUUCAAGUUACUAUUCCUACUGAAUACAUUCAGAUUAAUAUUGCUGGGAGUUCCCUCUUGUAAUGAAAGGAUGCUGACCUUGAUCUAUCAAGAGUAGCCAGUUAUACACAUGUAACAAAGUAAAACAUUGUUAACAAGGUUUUCCUGAUCUCAGAUAGGAGCUUUCCAGACCAUAGCAAGAUAUGGUCUUUCCCUUCAGUCACAUAUUACCUGGCCAGGUGGCUGACGUACCAGGUGGGUCAUUGCUGUCCUAGGUAGGCACACACAGGUUUAUUAAGCCCUUAGCAGGUUGCAGUAUACUGUGGUGUGUUCAGCUUGGUUAUUAGAAAUUGUGUAGACCUGACCUAUCCCUGCUUAAACCAGUAGAGUGAUGAAAUUGACUAGACCAGGGGUGUCCCACUGGUGCCCCAGAUGUUUGUGGACUACAAUUCCCAUCAGCCCCUGCCAGCAUGGCCAAUUAUCCAUGCUGGCAGGGACUGAUGGGAAUCUUAGUCCAUGAACAUCUGGGGCGCCAGAGUUGGACACCCCUGGACUUGACCUUUUCCCUGUCUGAUUCUGGUCAAUUUCACUUGCAAAGGAUGCUUUGAAUUCUUCCUUUCAGAAGUUGUGUGUCUGGAUAACCGCCCACUUAUACACAGAAUAUGAAUUUUAUUAAGACUGUUGCAGGAUUACUGGGAGGGGGAUUAUAUUCAAUAUUAUUUGAUACGCCCUGUGAUACGCCACUUAGAAGCAUUGCUGAACAGGGUUUAGAGAGCGUGACUUAAGAGUACAAUAACUUGUCUAUUGGUUUCAUUCCAGAAAUGGGUUGUGAAGCAUAAGUGUGCGUUCUUCACCCCAAUAACACCACCUUUAUACUUCUGUCUCCCAUGUGUCUGAAAAGCUAAAAUAACACACUGCCAGAGUGGUCCGUCUACUCAAUAACUUGCAUAGCCCUCAUAGUUCGGUAAAAUGCUAUUUUAGCUGUAUCGUAAGGUGCUUUUAAAAAACCUGGUUAUGCAAAACUCCAGGUUAGCUCUUGUCUGUGUGUGUGCGUGUGUGUGUGAGUGUGUAUGUGUUAAUUUAUUAAAAUAGCUGCUGUAAUUUAUUUUCAGAACUAUAAAAAAAUGUACACACGGAACAGACUUGCGGGCCAAUCUUACAGUUCUGGGAUGGGAUGAACAAAGAGGUUUAUAUAUGAACAAUUUUUUUAAAAAAUGCACUUUGGGUGUGUUUCGACAUUUGUGGGAGGGUGGGAAAUCAUACUGUUUUAUGGACUAGGUUUUGAAUGGCCUUGUCUGUAUAUAUUGUAUCAAUAGGCACGUUUUGGUUUCUCAUUUGGAGGCAUUUGUAAAUGCUGCAGGGUCCUGUCUGGAAAACAGAUGUACUGAACAAUUUUGCCCCAGGGGUUGGGGUAAAAGUUUUUUGUUUUUCUUUUUUUCUGUCAAUCACAGGAGAGAACUUUGCCCUUCUCCUGUCUAGUAUCUCAUUUCUAUUGUGGAUUUUGUUUCUCUGUUAUUUUGACCUACUUGUUGUUGUUUGACAGGGUAGGUGGGGUUUGAAAUAAAACAAUUAAAUGGUU